AUGUCCAACGUUGUCUAUGGUGCUCUGCACAUCCUUCUCAGUGUCCUCAUCCCCAUUGCCAACAUCCUGGUCAUUGUCAUCCUGUCCAAGCUCCUGAAGAAGAAGCACUGCAAGAGUUACAUCUUUAUACUCAACCUGGCCGCUGCUGACCUCCUGGUGGGACUCAUGUGCAUCCUGGAGACUCUGGAUGAUUUCUUUGAUGAUGACUUUGAUAGGAAUUUAUUCUUCUGCCUGCUGAGGUUGUGUUUCACAGUCACUCCUUGUAUCGGAUCCAUGCUGACCCUCCUCCUGAUCUCUCUGGACAGGUAUCUGGCUGUUCGGAUGCCCUUGUAUUACCUGAAGUUCAUGAAUAAUAAGUGCAUUGGAAUGUCUCUGGCGGUGCUGUGGUUGGUGUCCUUCUUGGUCGGGCACAUGCCUCUUAUAACCCCCGCACUGCAGCACAACAACUACACCGGGGUCUGUGGGCUCUUUUAUGCAGCCAAAAGCGACUAUCUGUACAUUUUGUGCUUCAUUAUUUUCCUGCCAGCCUUAUUUACUAUUGUCUGCCUUCACACAUUGGUGGGGAGAAUUGCUUAUACCCACCAUAAACGAAUUCAGAGGACAAGGGCUAUCAGUGGACUUCACAACAACCAUCCAGCCCACUCAUCCCACUUUAAGGCAGCCAGGACCGUUCUCAUAGUCAUCAUCUGCUUCACCUUGUCUUGGGGUCCCUACUACAUCACUGGAAUUGUCCAAGCCACCUGCACAUCUUGCAGACUUGUGGAUGUGCUGAAGGAUAUUCUAUUCGUUUUAGGGGAAGCAAACUCCCUCUUGAACCCUCUCAUCUAUACUUUCUAUUGCAGAGACAUCAGAAGCUAUUUCUACAAACACUUUGUCUGUAGAAGGAGGAAGGUAAAGCCUCAGGUUCUAGCUUUGGUUCAGUUCACCAACAUCAGGACAGCAGCCAUGCCUGAGGAGUUCACUAUGGCUCAGACUUCUGGGGACAGUGUUCAUAAUGUGUCCUUAUUCAUUGGCUCUGGUGACUUUAGUAAAGACACAUGUGAGUGA